CGACGAUUAAAUUACGAUUGCUGCCUAUAAGUGUUCGUUGAGAAAAAAAUCUCGUGAAUUGUAUUGUUGCAUUAACAGUGCUGUGUAAAAAAAUUUCUUUCAGUGCGUUGAAAGUACUAAAUUUACUGCACCGGCGAAAAAAGUGAAGUGAACAGCAUUGGAUUUAGCGACAAUAGUUAGCGAGAAAGUUUUGGACGGUGGGACUUUUUUUGGAAUUGGCGCAACGAAGCAACUGAAAAAUCAAAUGAGUGCCGGUCAAAGUGAUUGCUCCAAACAAAGAAAUACUUAACCUAUUGUCAACAUGCCUGGAUCAAGGGAAACAACUCCAAAUGAUAGCUGCAACGGUCAUGUGGGGGCACUGUGUUCCAAUCGUCCUCAGGCAGUUCUUAUUUUCAAUAAUGAGAAAAGUGAAAUUAAAAAACCUGUAUUAGUUAUUGCUUGUGUUAUUGAUUUAUUAGAAGAGGAUCGUUUAGAAGAUAGAAGAAAAGCUUUUGAAGCAAUAAAACUCUCCUGUCACAACCUAUAUUGUAAAUUAUAUCAUCUUCCAUUUCAAUCAUUGUUGAGAGUACGUGGUGGGAACCCAGCUCAAGAUGUGUUUAAUAGUGCAGACAUUGUUAUUGUGGAUUUUAGCAUAGAAGAUCAAGCAUGUUAUCUGUUUUAUAAUCUUGGAGUUAGAGAAAGUUAUAAAAAUACUACAAACAUAUUUUUACUGAAUAAUACUAAUGAACAAACUACUGAAUUAUUUAAGGCCUUAUGUUCAAAAAAUACAACUCAACUUCAUACAUACAAUUAUGAUGAUGAUGAAAAAUCUACUGAGCCUUCUUUAGCCAAUUAUCUAAUGAAAUCAUAUGUUGUUAUAGAAAUUAAAACAAAAGCUCAUAAGCGAGAAAAAUUCUUAUCUGAUUUAGAGGAAAAAAGAGAAUCAUUAAAAAGAGCUGAACUGGAAAAAGAAUUAAAAGCUAUGAUGAUGAGAUUAGAUGAUCCAACAAUUUUUUCCACUGAACUUGUAGUGAAUUAUUUGGCAGCUCUUAGAGAUGUCUCUGAUUAUGAUUCAAUGGUACAAUUAUGUGAAAAAUUACUUGCAUUACCAAGCCAGAAACAUAUUAUGGAAACUACAGAAAUCAUAUACCUGUAUGCAUUUGCUUUGAAUCGAAGAAAAAAAGCUGGCGACAAAGAAAAAGUAUUACAUGUUGUUGAACAAGCUUUAAAAGUAAAGAAAAAUGUUGUACCAGAUAUGGUAUGCUUGUGUGGAAGAAUAUAUAAAGAAAUGUAUGUUGAAAGUAAUCUUAAGGAUAAAAAUAGCUUGCAAAAAGCUAUACAUUGGUAUAGAAAAGGAUAUGAAGUUGAACCUAAUGAAUAUGCUGCUAUAAACUUGGCUACUUUACUAGUUGUUGAUGGUUUUGAAAUUACAACAAAUCAAGAACUUAAAAAUCUAGUAUUGAGACUAAGCCAUAUUAUUGGGAAAAAGGGAGAUAUAUAUCAUGUAAAAGAUUAUUGGAGUGUUGCUACAUAUUUUGAAAGUAGUGUUCUGGGUAAAUAUUACCAAGAAGCAUACUUUGCAGCAGAAGCCAUGUUAAUGUUAAAUCCUCCCACUUGGUGCCUAUUAUCUACUAUUGGGAACAUUAGACUAAUUAGUAAAUACCGUGAUAAAAAGCCGAAAACGCCAUUAGAACGUAUGUUUGUAUUUUGGAUGGAUUUUUUUAUUGAAGCCACUAAAAAAAAAGCUGAAGUUGCUAACAACAUUAGAUUUCCUAUAGUCAUACUUGAAGACACACACGUGCUAAUACCUAGUUAUGUAGUAUUUCAUCUUGGUGACUAUGAGAAAACUAUGCAGAUUACCAACACCUGUUUAGAAGGCAUGCGUAAAAAAUGUAAAAAUCAACAUGAUUUUGUGUACAAAGCUAGACACAUUUAUGCCAUUGGUCUAUGUAAAAAAGACGAACGUCAAGUCGUCCUCUACGUUAAACAUGGUUUUAGAAUCUUCAUAUAUUUCCCAUCAGAUGCUUGUAAAAGAAGGUUCUAUGAACUGUUAAGAAUACUCGUGAAAAAUCCAAAGGUCAUGGGAGAUAUGGAUGAUUACAUGGAUAGUCCGUUGACAAAACAAGAAUUUGAAUAUGAACUAGAUCCAGAGGGCAAUCGCAUACUUCUUGGCAAAGGGACUUUUGGUAGUGUGUACGUUGCAAGGGAUGUUGAUGCCAAAGUAAAAGUUGCCGUGAAAGAAAUUAAAGAAGAAAAAAUUAACGACGUUGAGAAAUUUCACGAAGAAGUUUCCUUACACAGCGAAUUACGUCACAGAAAUAUUGUUCAAUACAUUGGUUCAAUAAGUCAAGACGGCUAUGUAAAAAUUUUCAUGGAAAACGUUCCUGGAGGAAGCUUGACAUCACUGCUUAAAACAAAAUUGAAGAAUUUGAUAAAGACUCCCGUUACCAUGGCUUAUUAUACUCAACAAAUGUUUGAAGGAGUAAAUUAUUUACAUGGACAGAAAAUUAUUCACAGAGAUAUUAAAGGAGAGAAUGUACUCAUCAAUACUUACAAUGGAUGUGUCAAAAUAUCUGAUUUCGGAAUGUCGACUAGAUUAGAAAAUUUGAGUCAAUAUACCAAAAGCUUUCGCGGUACCAUGGUAUACAUGGCCCCUGAAGUGAUUGAACGAGGACACCAAGGUUACGGAGCGCCGGCCGACGUUUGGUCUCUUGGAUGCACAGUAAUGGAAAUGGCUACGGGAAAGCCACCAUUUUUAGAAUUAGGAUCUCCACAAGCAGCAGUAUUUAAGGUUGGGCUUUAUAAAGAUCAUCCACCAAUUCCAGAUGAGAUGCCAAAUAUAAUAAAAAAAUUCGUCAUGCGCUGCUUCGAACCAGAUCCCGCGAAACGGAAAACAUGUGCACAAUUGUUGAAUGAUCCCUUCGUGGAACUAGCAGAACAAGCAGAUCUGAGAACAGCUUUACUUCAAUACAACUGCGAUCCACCUCAAACUCAAAGAUUUCAUGGUCAAGAACCAAGAAUUCCAUACGACAUAAGAGAAAGCUUUGGGGACGUAAUACCAAUCAUUGAGUUAAGCGAGCACAAAUUUCCUUCGUGCAGUACACCAGGAUCAUCUGCAAGUACCAUCAGUCCUGAAUUUGAAAUACCUAACACAAUCGAUAUUCCAUCACCAAAAUCUGUUCUGGAAAUAAAAAAUGUCAGUGAAGAAAACGAAAAACCUUAUUUAUUGUCAAAAGAAAGUCAAAAUCGCAUAACGCUCGAGCGAGUUAUUAAUGAAGAGGAAACAAAAAUGAGUUCACUGUGGCGAGAAAAUUUUAAAAAUUUGUUCAAAAGUGAAACUUUUCUUAAAACGAAACAUUUCGUUAAAUUAGUUGCCGCAAUGAAAAACUACAUUGCCACUGAUGAUGGUAACAUUAUAAAAAAUACUAUCAAAGAAUUAAAGGAAGAAGUGAGCGAUGAACCUUCUGCUGUGAAUCAAUUAAGUUCUGCAGUGAACGUGUUUCAGGAUACUGUGAAAUCAAUUCUUAAAACACGUGGAUUCAAGCCUCAUUGGAUUUCUUCUUUAGAUGAUGUCGCAAAAACUGCUGUCGUAGCAGUAUUACAAGUUUUAACGCCAGAAGUCAGUAUUCAAUCUAAUGGUGAAUUUAUCAGUACAAACGGCCUCAAUGAAGAAAAAAAGGAAACGUUAUCGCGUUCCAGUUCACGGGCAUCAGAAGUGAGUUCAAUGUCAAGUGGAAACUCGACUGUAAAUCCAUUUAGUUCAAGUGAAGAUGAUGAUGUAACAAACCGACUAACGCCAUCUAAAAAGUCAAAUUCAAAUGAACACCUCGCACCAUCUUUGAAUACUGCUGUUUAUGGAGAUUCUAAUUCUAGAAACGGUGAAAAUUCUGAAAUUCCUUCAAAUAGGAACUUAUCAAAAACAGAAUCCGACACCAAUGAUACUCUCAGAAACCACCAGAUGACUAUGUUAGGAAUCAGUAGCGUUGACCAAAAACCAAGACUACGCUUACACUUGAGUUCACACUCGUCCGAAGGAUCUACGAAAACUUCUUCAUUAAAAUCGGUUCAAACUAGCGAUUCUGCCGCAUCGACGAUUACUCUACCAACUUCGUACGCAAAAUCUAUUCAGGACCAAAACAAAGAAGUCUUACAACAAAAUGCAACUAUCAUCACAGAAUUAGUAGAAAAUCAAAAAGCCUUCCAAACUCUUCUCACCAAUGCUUUAACAGAGCAGCAAAAACAAAUGUCAGUUUUAACAGAUAUAAGCCAAGCCAUGGCGAAUCACAUUUUAAAGAAACCCGAGACGCCACUCGUAAAACCCUCUGAUAACCUCGAUAACGAUGAUAUUGAUCCAAAUAAAGUGGACGAUAAAUUGGUCGAAUGGCUUUUAAAACUUGGUAUUAGUAUUGGAUCUGUAAAAAAAUUUCAAAAAGAAGAAUGUUGCUUGGAAGAUGUGCUUGAGUACCUAUCACGAGGAGAUUUGAGAAGAAUUAAUUUAAAGGUGGGCGAUGAACUGAAAAUAUGGAGAGCCAUCCUGCAGCAUCGAAAAUUCUCAGUUAAUGAAAAGUCUCAACAAACUGAAUAACUAUGUAUAUAACCAAAUAAUUAUACGUCUAGGAAUUUAGGUUGAAAAAAGCAAAGUAUGUCGUUAACACAUUAAAAAGUUAGAAAAUGAUCAUUACCUAGAAACUAGCGUGUUGAGCAAUAGAAUUUCUUACCAAUCAACAAUUUUUAAUUGAAGUGCCUUGACCAGUGAAUACUAAAUAACUCAUUAAGCUAUUUACAAAAAUGUGAUAAUAAGUGAUAGUCAUAGUAUAUUUGGGAAUAUACUAUACGAUUAUUUAUAUUUUAAUAAUACAACUUUUUUAAUCUUCUAAAAGAACUGAAAUUGUAAAACGAAAAAUCGGUCGUUCUAUAUUACUUCGAUAGUAAAGCUAAUGCAAAAAUAGUGUAAGCCCACCGUUAUGAAUAGGUAGAUAAUCUUAGUAUGCUGUAGCAAAUAAUAGGCUUUUAGAGACUGACCAAACUAAUUAAUUAAUAGAUAUUGGAAAAUUGAUAAAAUGUGAUAAAAGAUGAUAUUUUAUAACUCUAAUGAGUAGAAUGCGAUACUUUUAAAAUUGAAUGAUUGUAUGAAUGUAUUUUGGUGGUAAUCGUCUUUAUUAUUUACAAAUUUUAAAGAACUACUGAAGGUCAAAUUGUAAAAAUUGAUAUAUAUUUUGUAAAUCGUUUUUCAUUGUUAAUGCUAAUUUAGAGUAUUUAUUUGUAUCAUAUUAACAAGUUUAUGAUAUUUUAACAAAACAACGAAAUGACACUAUUUGUCAUUUAUUGAAGAAUAAUAAAAUCUAUUUCCUUACAA